AUGCCAGCGCGCUCCGCACCACCCGCAAAAGCUCCCCCAGGCAACCCCCCGAACCAAACCCUCUAUCUCUCAAACCUCCCCGACAAGCUGCAGAAGCCCGACCUCCGCCGCGCGCUCUACAUGCUGUUCAGCACCUACGGGCCUGUGCUCGACGUCGUAGCGCUGAAGACGAGCAAGAUGCGCGGACAGGCGCACGUCGUGUUUCGGGAUGUACAGGCGGCGAGCCAGGCGAUGAGGCAGCUGCAGGGGUGGGAGUUCUUCGGAAAGGAGAUGAAAAUCGCCUACGCAAAAGGCAAAUCCGACACCAUCGCUAAGCUCGACGGCACCUUCAAGAUCCCCGACGUGAAAACCACGGCCACGUCCUCCGAAGUCCAGCAAUCCAUCUUCAACGCGCCGCCCUCUGCUGCUGCCGCAUCAACCACUACGGCACCGGCAACCGCACCGGCUCAGGCGCGGUCGGCUGAGGCGGCGAAACCCGCGCAGGCGAACGGGCAAGCGAAGGCGGGGACGGCUGCACCGCCAGCUGCGUCUGCGGCGCCUGCAGCUGCAGCGGCGGAUUCAGCGGCUCCGCACGGCGUGAAGCGAGGGCGGGAAGACGAGAGCGACGAAGAGGGCGCGCCGAUGGAAGAGGAGGACGAGGACGAGGCUAUGAUGGAGGAGUCGGAUUCGGAGUGA